AUCCUGCGAGACAGCAGGCCGGCCCACCCACGUUGUGCCCGCUAAAAGAAUAAUAAGAUGUAAAGAAGAAGUAAAUAUUGGAGGUUACCCCUCCUCGGCGGCCCCACCGCCUUCUCUGCUGGCGGACCGCAAGUGUAUUUUAUAUUUUUCACCAGCCCACACCUACCUUCUUGCUUCUUCUCCCCUGCAUUCAGCUGAUUCCAGUCAAUCGAUUGCUAUAUUUUCAAAAUGUCUACCGAACAGACUUUCAUCGCCAUCAAGCCCGAUGGUGUCCAGCGUGGCCUCGUUGGACCCAUCAUCUCCCGUUUUGAGCAGCGUGGCUACAAGCUUGCUGCUAUCAAGCUCGUCACUCCUCCCCGCGAGCAACUCGAGAAGCACUAUGCCGACCUCGCCGAUAAGCCUUUCUUCCCUAGUCUCGUUACCUACAUGCUGAGCGGCCCCAUUUGCGCCAUGGUCUGGGAGGGCCGUGACGCCGUCAAGACUGGUCGUGUCCUCCUCGGUGCCACCAACCCUCUUGCCUCUUCCCCCGGCACCAUCCGUGGUGACUACGCCAUUGACGUCGGUCGCAACGUCUGCCACGGCUCCGACAGCGUCGAGAACGCUAAGAAGGAGAUUGCUCUCUGGUUCAAGGAAGGCGAGGUUGUCUCCUACAAGGCCAGCCAGUUCGACUGGAUCUACGAGAAGGCUUAAAUGUCACCAUAACAAAGUCACUCGAUUGAGAUGAGAUAUGACGGUGUUUGUGUGGUAGAGAUUUAACCAAAAAGAAGCUCAAUGCAAUUAGAGAAAAAACGAUUCUAAUCGAGUAGGCACCG